GUAUCUGAUCUUGAUUCUCUGCGUUCGACGUUUAAACAUCUGCUCGGAUGAGGAUCUUGUCUCGCCGUUCAUUUGAAUCAAUUGUUCGAUUGUGUAAGUGUUGUUUUUCGUUCGGUGUAACGCGUGCGUUUUUCUGACAGGCCGCAAUCCAACGUGGCAUUUUUAAUUAGUGAAACGAUUCUCGAUAAUCGCAGAUUGUGAUCGUCUAUCGAUCGCAACUCACUGACUCGUUUGUUAUAUUCGCUGUUGUCACACUAUUUGCGCCGUGAACAUUUCACAACCAAAACGAUUCUCGAUAAUCGCAGAUCGUUCGUAUAUCGACCAUGUAAUUAAUUGUCGUUUCUUACGGCUGUAUUUUUUGCGAUUCGUUAAGACUUUUUUUUUCGUUAAUACUCGUUCGUUAAUUUUGUCAUUUUACAAUGUUCUUAAUUACCGACUGUUUUGAGUGGCAUUGUGAGGUGAUGAUACUUUUGACAUGACAUGAUGUGAUUUUUUUUUGCGUACUGUUUGAAUGCACGUGCGUCACGUGAGUUAAGUGAUCGGUGUGCGAAAGCAUGCCGUCGUUCGAUCUUUUUGCGCAAGAAUCCGCAAGUGUCAAAUCAAGCAAUCACGCCAACUUCGUCAAAAUGAUACCACACUAUAACCAGACGAAUUUGGAUGUUCCGUAUCGUCAGCAGCAACAGCAGCAGCAACAGCAGCAACAACAACAGCAGCAUCAACAGCAAACCUUUAAUAAUCCAGGAAUCGCGCAUAAUCAGCUGUUGAUGCAACAAACGCAGCAACAACAAACACUUGCGCAACAACAAGCUCAACCGUAUACGACCAUGAUCGCCGCCACAGCCAUUGAUAAUCCGCAGCAUCAAUUGUACGGAUAUCCGUCGAAAGGAUCAUCCCCCACAUCGACUCUGCCUCAUCUUUAUCAUCAUCACCAUCAGACGAACUCGAUCUCGUCGUUGCUCACCGCUGAGGUAUUGAGCUGGUCUUAUUCCGGUUUGCCGACGUAUCAACAACAACUUCUAUUCCAGCAACAGCCGUAUCUUCACUCGACGUCGCAGCAAUUGCAACGAAAUUAUCACCAACGUCCGUCCUCGCAGCAGUCCUACGGGGGACACUCGCCACCGUCUCUGCAGCAGCAACAUCUUCAGCAGAACUCGUCGUCGCAGCAGAACUAUCAGCAGCAUCAGUCGCCGCCGCAGAACUAUCAGCAGCAACACCCGUCGCCGCCGCGCAACUAUCAGCAGCAUCCGUCGCCGAAUUAUCAGCAAAACUCGACGUCGCCGUUGAACUUUCAACAACGCCCGUCGCCGCAGUCCUAUCAGCAGCAAUCCUCGCCGCAUCAGUCUUCCCCUCAGCAACCCUAUCAGCAGCAACAGUCGUCGCAGUCUUUGCCGCUGCAGAUGCAUCAGCAGAAUUCGCCGCCCCAGCAACAAAUGGGACCGGGUUAUCACUCUUCGCCACCGCACCAAUACUCGCCGCCGCAGCACUAUUCGCCGCCCGUCACGUCGCAAUCCUCGCCUAAUCAACCUGCUACGUCGUAUGUGCCGCCUUUGUUCCCGGGCGUGCCCAUGAACAACGGCGUGAACAACAGUCUGAACAAUAGUCUGGACGGUAGCGUGGACGGCAGCAUGAACGGCAGCAUUCACAGCAGCCCGUCCGUCGCGUCGCCCACGGAAAUACCCUCGUAUCCACGCGGGGGAAAUAUGAACAAUUUACGAAACGCUCCUUCUAUGUGCGCUCAAAUGAAUCUACCGUCCACGUCGACCGCGAUCGGUCCGAUCUCACCGAGAGCUCUCGACAUACCGUCCACCUCGAGGCGUUUCCAACCAUGUCCCAGGGAAAGGAGACAACCUUACGAUUGGAUGAAGAAAACGUCGUAUCAGAGUCAACCGAAACCAGUGUGCAACGCCGCGGGAAAUCCGGAUUCGCCGUCGUCGAUUAACGAAUUGUGCUGCCGACUUGAAACAAUCGGGAAAACGCGCACGAAAGACAAGUACAGGGUGGUGUAUUCCGAAUUUCAACGUCUAGAAUUGGAAAAAGAGUUUCGUACGAAUCACUACAUUAACAUCACUCGUAAGAUCGAGCUGGCUGGACAGCUGGAUCUCACGGAGCGUCAGGUGAAAAUUUGGUUUCAAAAUCGACGAGCCAAAGAACGCAAGGAGGAGAAAAAAAGGAAGGAACAAACGGCGGCACGGAACAGAGAGCAAGAGGCGGCGGCUCAGGUGGCGGUCGAGACCAACCGAUUGAUGUCUUAUCCUACCGCCGAACAAAUGGGAAGGAUGUUGAGCGGAGUGAUGCACGCCACCACCGGGGGUCCCACUUCCGCACAGAUAUCCAUGUCGCUGCAAUAUUCGAACCCUAGUCAACACUAGAUUCACUCAAAAAAAAAUAAAAAAACAAAAAAAACGUUCAACAAGGUUGCCUCGAACAAUCCGACGCUGGCUCUUGCUCUUGUAAUUUAUAUUUUUCCGGCUGGAUCUUAUUCGCGAUGAUGAUGUAAUGAUUCGUACGAAAUUCACAAAAAAUACGAAAGCCACACGUGGCUAUUACGUAAUUUUUCGGUAUCGAAUCCGAUUCCGAAAAAUUACACACGAUAGCCGACUUCAGAAAACGAAAAGAGAGAAAGAAGACAAACACACACAAAGGAAUUAAAUCGUCAAACAAGGAAACGCAGGAAAACCCAAAAAGCUUGAUGAAGAACUGGGAAACGUCCAUGAUGAUGCUCAUCAAAAGUAAGUGAAAACCAUAUGUGACACAAAAAUAUAUUCACACUGCUAUAAUAUAUUCCAUAGAAAUAAUCAUAGAAAAAAUUAUUUGGAAAAAAUAGUCUGCUGGUAUAAAAAAAGUACUUAUAUUAGUAAAACCAUGUACUUCAAGAAAUAUAUUAGAAACAAAAAAACUCAGAAAAGGUUUAAGUGAAACUUUCGAAAAUUUCUACGUUCUCAAAUUUCAUAUACAGGUGUCUUUUAGAUAGAGAGAAGAAACAUCCCAGAAAGAAAUAUGACCUGUGUAAGAAACUUGUGACACGAAUCGGAGUGUAGACGUUUGCCGAAGAACAAGUUAUAUACGGAGAAAAAGCGAGAAAUUUAU